AUGUCAUACAAUCCACUAAGCAACAACACUGGUCAAGACCCAUUUUCCGACCACAACAUACUAUCUAUUGAAGAGCCAGCGUCCGUUCAUGCCACUGAGCCAUUGACGGACUCGUUUCCACGACAAGAGCAGUCACACUUUGAUGAUGACACAAAGGCCAAUGGGAGUAAAAAUUUCAGACAUAGUGAGUUUGGCAGUAGUCUGCUGGACCGUGCAGACGGAGAUGAUGAUGAUGAUGAUGCUGAUGAUGAUGAUUACGACAGAUUUGACCCUAUACAAUUCAAGCGUUCGGGAGAAGGUGGCGGUGAUGAUGACGAUGAUUUAGAACGCCGCUCAUUUGAUUCAUUUACGGACGAAUUUGGCAAUCAUUAUGCCAUAGACUUCAAUAAUAAAGCAUAUACACUGAAGCUCACGUUCAAAGGAAACAAAUUGGUGUAUUUCACAUCAGCAUUUGUCAGUUUGUUUGUGAGUUUGUUUGGGUACGAACAAGGUGUAUGCAGUGGUAUACUUGCGUUUGAUACAUUCAAUGGGUUUUUCAAUUCGCCUGGCCCAGCAAUGAUUGGGUUUGUUAUUUCGAUUUUGGAGAUUGGUGCCAUGGUUAGUUCGAUUUUGGUUGCGAAAAUAUCUGAUACGUUUGGUAGAAAGAGAACCAUAUUGUUGGGUACUUUUAUCUUUAUGAUUGGUGGUGCAUUGCAAUCAUUUUGCCCCAACAUGUUUGUUUUCGCGGUGGGGAGGGUUUUCAGUGGGGUUGGUGUUGGAAUACUUUCCACUAUUGUUCCAUCGUAUCAAUGUGAAAUUAGUCCUAGUGAAGAAAGAGGUAAGUUGGUGUGCGGAGAAUUUACUGGUAAUAUCACCGGUUACGCAUUGAGUGUUUGGGUUGAUUAUUUCUGUUAUUUUAUUCAAAAUGUUGGGGAUACUAGACAAAACCCACACUCGUUUCUAGCUCAUUUGAGCUGGAGAUUACCAUUGUUUAUACAAGUUGCUAUUGCGUUUGUAUUAUUUAUUGGUGGGUUUUUCAUCGUGGAGAGUCCUCGUUGGUUGUUGGAUAACGAUAUGGAUCAACAAGGUUUCAAUGUCUUGAGCUUGUUGUAUGAUUCCCACCCAAAAUCAACCAAACCCAAGAGUGAAUUCUUUAUGAUCAAGAAUUCCAUUUUACGUGAACGGAAAAUGACACCUAAAUCUGAACGUACUUGGCAACACUUGUUAAGACACUACAAGAAACGAGUAUUUGUUGCUUGUUCAUCAUUGAUUUUUGCUCAGUUAAAUGGAAUCAAUAUCAUUUCAUACUAUGCGCCACUGGUUUUCCAAGAAGCUGGCUUUGACGAUGCUGGUGCUUUGUUGAUGACGGGGGUCAAUGGUAUAAUAUACUUGUUAUCGACUAUUCCACCUUGGUUUUUAGUGGAUCGAUGGGGAAGACGACCAAUAUUGAUUAGUAGUGGGUUAGCAAUGGGCAUAUGUUUGAUAUUGGUGUCUGUGUUUAUGCUUCUAAAUCGGUCAUACACUGCAUCAGUAGUGGCGGUGCUUGUCAUUAUUUACAAUGCAUCAUUUGGAUUUGGAUUUGGACCAAUUCCAUUCCUAUUAUCGGGUGAAUCAUAUCCACUUUCUGUCAGAUCCAAAGGUGUAUCGCUUGCAGUUGCUUGUAACUGGUUGAGUAAUUUCAUAGUGGGGUUGUGUGCCCCCAUCAUGCGUCAUAACAUCAAAUGGGCCAUGUACUUAUUUCCUGCUGGUUCAUGUUUUAUAAGUAUUGUUUGUGUGGUGUUGUUUUAUCCCGAAACUAAAGGCAUUGAAUUGGAACAGAUUGAUGAGAUUUUCGAUGAGUUUUAUUCAAUCAAUCCUUUCAAACGUGUUGUUGGUAGUUUCGACAUGAUUUUGCACAGGAGAAAGAGAAUGAGAGAUAAACAGAGUAGACGCUUACAUGCAAAGUAUGACCGGUUGAAUAACGGACACCAGCAACAGCAACAGCAGCAAAGAUCACGCGACUAUGGUGGUGGCGCAAGAGAUGAUGAUGCAUUCGAGUUGCAAGCUUUAAAUGACAUGGAUUAUGAGGAUCGGGACAUAUAG